GGCGGCGGCGUCAGCGUGGUCCCGAGCCGCGCUCUCCGCGGCGUGGCGGCUCGCCCCGUCCCCUCAGCAAACAAUGAAGAGGAGAACGGACCCAGAAUGUACUGCCCCCAUCAAGAAACAGAAAAGAGUCGGAGAGCUCGAUCUGAACUUCAGCUCCACAUUGGACGAUGAUCCUCCCUCUUCUGUCAAUCAUGCAGCAAAAGCAUCUGCUACAAGCCUUAGUGAGUCUGACAGCGAGACUGAGGGGAAACUGCCCAGCUCCGACUCCUUCAAAGAUGCCUUCAGAGCAGACUCCCUUGUGGAGGGAACAUCUUCUCGCUACUCCAUGUAUAACAGUGUCUCCCAGAAACUCAUGGCCAAGAUGGGUUUCAAGGAAGGUGAAGGAUUGGGUAAAUACAGCCAGGGUCGGAAGGACAUUGUUGAAGCCUCUAAUCAGAAAGGUCGACGAGGCUUGGGUCUGACACUGCAGGGCUUUGAUGAGGAGCUGAAUGUGGAUUGGCGGGAUGAGCCUGAGCCCAGUGCCAGUGAGCAAGUGUCAUGGUUCCCAGAAUGCACCACUGAGAUUCCUGAUACUCAGGAAAUGAGUGAUUGGAUGGUUGUGGGACAGAGGAAGAUGAUUAUUGAAGAUGAAACGGAGUUUUGCAGUGAGGAGCUGCUUCACAGUAUGUUGCGGUGUAAGAGUGUAUUUGACAUCCUGGAUGAGGAGGAGAUGCGGCGAGCUCGGACCCGAGCCAAUCCCUACGAGAUGAUCCGAGGAGUCCUCUUCCUUAAUAGGGCAGCGAUGAAGAUGGCGAACAUGGACUUUGUAUUUGAUCACAUGUUUACAAAUCCACGUGAUUCCAAAGGGAAGCCACUGGUGAAGGACCGGGACCCUGACCUUCUGUACUUUGCUGACGUCUGUGCAGGCCCAGGUGGCUUCUCCGAGUAUGUGCUGUGGAAGAAGAAGUGGCAUGCCAAGGGCUUCGGGAUGACUCUGAAGGGCCCUAACGACUUCAAGCUGGAGGACUUCUACUCAGCCUCCAGUGAACUCUUUGAACCCUACUAUGGUGAGGGUGGGAUUGAUGGAGAUGGAGAUAUCACCCGCCCAGAAAACAUCAAUGCCUUCCGGAACUUUGUCCUGGACAACACAGAUCGCAAGGGUGUCCACUUUCUGAUGGCCGAUGGGGGGUUCUCGGUGGAGGGGCAGGAGAACCUGCAGGAGAUCCUCAGCAAGCAGCUGCUGCUGUGUCAGUUCCUCAUGGCGCUGUCUGUACUCAGGACAGGAGGCCACUUUCUCUGUAAAACCUUCGACCUCUUCACACCCUUCAGCGUGGGGCUCAUCUACCUGCUCUACUGCUGCUUCGAGCGGGUGUGCCUCUUCAAGCCCGUCACCAGCCGCCCUGCCAACUCUGAGCGGUAUGUGGUGUGCAAAGGCCUGAAGGUGGGCAUAGAUGAUGUGCGGGAGUACCUCUUCUCAGUGAAUAUUAAGCUCAACCAGCUGCGGAACACUGAUUCUGAUGUCAACCUGGUGGUUCCUUUGAUUGUGAUUAAGGGAGACCAUGAAUUUACUGACUAUAUGAUACGGUCUAAUGAGAGCCACUGUAAUCUGCAGAUCAAAGCUCUUGCCAAAAUUCGAGCCUUUGUUCAAGACACAACCUUGAGCGAGCCGAGGCAGGCAGAGAUCCGGAAAGAAUGCCUCCGACUGUGGGGGAUCCCAGACCAGGCUCGAGUCGCUCCUUCUUCCUCAGACCCGAAAUCUAAAUUCUUCGAGCUAAUCCAGGGCACCGAGAUUGACAUCUUCAGCUACAAGCCAACGCUGCUUACCGCCCAGAACCUGGAGAAGAUCCGCCCCGUGUUCGACUACCGUUGCAUGGUGUCUGGUGGUGAGCAGAAGCUCCUCCUCGGCCUAGGGAGGUCCCAGAUCUACACGUGGGAUGGCCGCCAGUCAGACCGCUGGGUGAAGCUGGACCUGAAGACAGAGCUCCCCCGGGACACCCUGCUCUCUGUGGAAAUUGUGCAUGAGCUGAAAGGGGAGGGGAAGGCCCAGCGGAAGAUCAGUGCCAUCCACAUCCUUGAUGUCCUCAUACUGAAUGGCAGCGAUGUCCGGGAGCAGCAUUUCAACCAGCGAAUUCAACUUGCUGAGAAAUUCGUGAAAGCUGUUUCCAAGCCCAGCCGGCCUGACAUGAAUCCCAUCAGGGUGAAGGAGGUGUACAGGCUGGAAGAGAUGGAGAAGAUUUUUGUCAGGCUAGAGAUGAAGCUCAUCAAGGGCUCUGGAGGCACUCCAAAGCUCAGCUACACAGGUCGGGAUGACCGGCACUUUGUGCCCACAGGCCUCUACAUCGUCAGGACCGUGAAUGAGCCGUGGACUAUGGGAGUCAGCAGAAGUAGCCAGAAGAAGUUCUUCUUCAACAAACAAACCAAAAACUCCACCUAUGACCUCCCUGCAGACUCCAUUGCCCCAUUUCACAUCUGCUACUACGGCCGGCUCUUCUGGGAAUGGGCAGAUGGCAUCUGUGUGCACGACUCCCAGAAGCCCCAGCACUCAAACAAGCUGUCCAAGGAGGACGUCCUUUCCUUCAUCCAUAUGCACAGAGCCUGAGGACUGUGGGGUGCUCUGUCCCUGCUGAACGCCCUGGCAUGCCUCAGGGCAGGGCACUCUGCACCCGGGGCCAUAGCACUGGCUCCUUUUACAUUUUGGAAGGAAACCGGGGGCUCCUCCUGGCCAUGAGGGCAGUAGCUGCCUGUGCAUCCCUGUGGAGCUGCUGGGCUUUUAGAGGACACACAUCCUUGUGGGACCCUUCUGCUGGGGAACUGUCUGCUCACAAGGACAUGACCUGAAUGCAGUUGCAACUGUGGCAGACUCGAGGCCAGUGCCCAGGACAUGUGAGACCAGAGGACGCGUCAGUGGCAGGCUGUGAGCUCUGUCUUUCCCACCAGAACCCGUAGGCUCAGUUUUCUGAGUUCCGUGCACUGCCCCUGGGGGUGGAGGCCUCCCAUUGCGAGCAGCUGCUGUACAAUCCAGGUUUUAUUUUUGUUCUGUUUUAAUGCCAUGUUGGAGAAGACUUUCUGGUCUCCUCCACCUGGUCCUGGAGUUUUCUCCAGCCUGGACUUCUGAUAGUCCCGGCAGGCCGGGAAGACCCCACAUCAGAGUCUUUGGUACUGGGUAAGACUGCUUCGUGGGUUGUAGAGCCUUUCUGGGCUCACCCCUUCUGAUCCAAACACUGGGCAGCUCUGGGAGGGCAGGAGGCCGCCUGAAGACCUGCCCUUUCUCUCCCCAGCAGCAGGGACAGAAGGCACCUCUAGGGUCAGUAGAGCCCCAGCCCUCUGGCAUUCACAAGUCACUUCUGCUCCAGCCACCUGAGGGUCUUGUCAGAGGUCUGAGCCGGAGGUAGCCCAGACUGCCCCUUUCUUAUCUUUUAGGAGGUACAGUCUGCUUUUGUUUGUUCAUACGUGGUCACUCCAUUUCCUCUGUCUUAGAGAGGGAGGAGGGACAUCUGUGGUUGUUUGUCAUGGGAAACACCUCUCAAAGAUGUUCAUACAGGCUCCCUAGGGCCCCAUGCCAGUGCAGACUGGUUUCCAUGGAGAUAGGGCACUGAGGCUCCUGUUAGGUUGGAAUUGACUCCACCAUGGGGGGUCCUUCAGCCAGCAGCCAGCCCCCACCCCCAGGCUGGCGGCAGCACUGCUGGUUUGCUGUAUUUCCACCCAGUUCUGGGUAGAUGAGUGUGUCUUGCAGAAUCUUGGAUCAUUAAAGAUAAACAUAUUUCUAA